AAAAGCCGAAAGUUUAAAAAAGGCAUAGGUUUUCGAAUACAAGAAAGAAGCUAAUCUACUGAAAUUAUUUAGUGUUAAUCUAAAAUGGGUCACGGAAAGAUCGUAAUUUUUUGUCUUUCAAUUAUUUUUGUAACCCAGGUUUGCUGCGGUAAAGUAGAUGUAGAACCACCACCGGAAGAUAUAGAAGGUCCAAAACCAUGCACAACUCCUUUUUGUCUUUGCAAUUGUGAUGCUAUAAUGCAGCAUGUCCAAACAUGCUAUCAAUUUUCUUUAUAUCUCCUGUGCACUUUAAUCAACACGUACAUGAAUUCUUUAUUGGAAGCUUUCCACUGUUAUAUUCCACUUUAUUUAUUAAAAUGUGUUCAACUGUUGAUGGAUCUUGUAGUGCAGAGGAUUUGUGGUUAAAAAGUUGGUAAAGAAAGUGAAACAAAAAAUUAAAUUAUUGUCUCGAAGUUUUUGUAUAUUAAAGUUUUCAAAAAUAAAAUAUCUAAGU